AUGUGUGGUCGGUACGCCCUAGGCGUACGAAUGAGUUUCAUCCGACGGCGCAUGCAAGAACAAGGCAUGUCAGUCGAUGAAGCGCCCGAGGAUGAUGAUAUAAGAUAUACAUACAACUUCGCACCGGGGAACGUCGGUGCCAUUUAUCGUGCUGACAUCCCAGACCACAACAAGGGUGCCGAGCCUCACCCCGACCAGGAACAGACGGAGUCAACUGAACCCGCCUUAUCGGAGACAGAUAGUAGCCCUCCAGUCAAUUACAAGCUUCAGGGUAUGAAAUGGAGCCUUGUCCCAUUCUGGACGAAGCGGCUGCUGGAUUAUGGGACACUCAUGCGGACUAUCAAUUGCCGAGAUGACUCGCUGGUCGAUGAUCGCGGAAUGUGGACAUCUAUGAAGCGGAAGAAGCGCUGUGUUGUUGUUUGUCAAGGGUACUAUGAGUGGCUGAAGAAGGGGCCUGGAGGGAAGGAUAGGAUCCCGCAUUAUACCCGGCGCAAGGACGGAGAUUUGAUGUAUUUCGCUGGACUCUGGGACUGCGUUACGUAUGAGGGAUCCGAGGAGAAGCUUUAUACGUUCACCAUCAUCACGACCUCAGCACGUCCAUCGCUGAGCUGGCUUCAUGACAGAAUGCCGGUGAUACUGGACCCAAAAACUGAGGCCUGGGAUGCUUGGUUAGAUCCUAAACGGACGAGUUGGUCAAAGGAGCUGCAGGCGGUCCUUAAGCCUUACGAAGGAGAGUUGGACUGCUAUCAGGUUCCGAAAGAGGUUGGAAAAGUUGGGAACAACUCGCCGAAUUUCAUAGUACCAGUCGACAGUAAAGAAAAUAAGAGCAACAUUGCGAAUUUUUUUCUGAAUGCGAAGAGCAAGACCGAACUGACGAAGGAUGAAGGCGAGGGAGUCCCUGCCGAGAAAAAAGAUGAUACCGCGCAUUCUGUCUCAGGAGUCAAGAGGGAACAUCCUCACAAUGCGGAUGCUGAAGCGGAAGAGGAUCCAAAGAGACGCAAGACACUUUCACCUGAUUCUUCCUCAAAACAGCCUUCGAAAUCGGGUAUUGCUACGAAACCAAAACAAAUGCGCAGUGCAACGCAUAACCAGAAGUCGCUGAAAAGGCCAGAGCCGAAAAAGACGACUACUGGUACACCGCGAAUAACAAACUUCUUCUCUAAAUAA